GUCUUGAUCUGCACCCGGUCUGCAAUCCAUCUGCCCCCCCCCCGAUCGGCCUCCGCCCCAGCCUCAUCAUCCCAUCCGGAUCUCUUGCCCACAGAUCAUCCCCUGCCAGCCGCUAUAUCUUGCCGCUCCUGUCUCCGAUCUCCGCUCCAGAAUGGCAUGCAGCAAGUUCGAGUACGUCAAGGCAUACGAGCGAAACGAUGCGCUGCUGCCCAAUACUUGGCUCGUCGUGCGGAUAGACGGCCACAGCUUCCAUCGCUUCACGCAAUUCCACAAGUUUGCCAAGCCAAACGAUGACCGGGCCCUAAAGCUCGCCAACCACUGUGCAAAGAAGGUCAUGGAGGAGUUCCACGAUAUCGUGCUGGCGUAUGGCCAGAGCGACGAGUUCAGCUUCUGUUUCUCGCGGUACUGCCAACUCUACAAGCGCCGAGAGUCAAAGAUUGUCACAAAUGUCGUCAGUCUAUUCACGAGCAACUAUGUGAUGGCCUGGAAAGAGUUCUUCCCUGAUCUCGAGCUGCAGUACGCCCCUUCGUUCGAUGGCCGGGCCGUCUUGUAUCCUACCGAUCAGAACAUCCGUGACUACUUCAGCUGGAGACAAGCCGACUGCCACAUCAACAACCUGUACAACACCGUCUUUUGGUGCAUGGUGCUGGACCCCAACAGCCCCAAGACCGAGCGAGAGACGCAAGCCAUUUUAAAAGAUACCGACUCUGGUGCCAAGAACGAGAUCCUCUUCCAACAGUAUGGCAUCAACUACAACAAUCUCCCGGAGCUCUACCGGAAGGGCAGCGUGCUGCAUCGAAAGCAGAUCCAGUCCAUCGAAGCGUCUGCCACGGAUGGCUCUCCUGUUGUCCGCCGUCGCAAGGUUGUCGUCAUCGAGCACUGCGACAUCAUUGGCGACGCAUUCUGGACAGAGAACCAAAUCCUCGGCGGCUCUGCGUGACGCCGGGCCGCCCCAAACUUUGCAUAGUUUCCUUAAAAUACAUGUCCUCUGCAAUCAAGUUGAAUGUCUCCGGAUCCGAAUGUCCGCGGUCAGCCGCACCAUGAACAUACCAGCUUGCGACUCUUGGAAUCACCGGA